GAUCCUGCAAUUCUAGAAACGUCGAAUCUUCAUUUUCCUUCGAUUUGAAGCAAACUCGCAGCAAAGAGGGAAAUAGCAACGCAGAGACUAAAUUUGGAAUCGCACUGACUUUUUUUCUUCUAUUGCUCCAACUCAACCUGAUCUCUUGCUAAGCCGUGCUCAGCAAAUUGUGUGUUCGUGCACUUGUUUUCUGUGUUAAUUUGUACGAUAUAAGUCGAACGGAAGCCAACCAGUGCAAAGAUGUCGGAAAGCGACUGGGACACAGUGACCGUAUUGCGUAAAAAGGCUCCAAAAGCGGCCACACUAAAGACUGAAUCGGCCAUCAAUAAGGCACGCCGUCAAGGAAUUCCAGUGGAGACCACACAGAAAUUCAACGCUGGAACCAACAAACAGCAUGUUGCGGCUAAAAAUACAGCCAAACUGGAUCGCGAAACGGACGAAUUGCGUCACAAAACGCUUGCACCGUCCGUUGCGAAGCUAAUCAUGCAGGGCCGUCAGGCGAAGGGACUGAGCCAGAAGGAUCUCGCUACGCAAAUUUGUGAAAAGCCACAAAUCGUUAACGACUACGAGGCGGGCCGUGGCAUUCCAAACAACUUGAUCUUGGGCAAAAUCGAGCGCAUCAUCGGCAUUAAGCUGCGCGGUAAGGAUAUCGGCACACCCAUGCUGCCUCCCGGUAAGAAGUGAGAUGUCGGGAGGCAGUAGAAUCGCUCGUCUGCUCGCUGGUUCUUCUCAACGCACCUGUGUACAGCGCACCAACAAAGGCGGGAGGCCCCAUUUAAUAGUUGUAACGUUUAAGAGAAGCACUGCGGGGUGAAGCACCAUAACUUUUUUGGCGGCGGUGUAAUGCAGGGAAAGGCGAAAACCGACUGAAAAUGCUAUAUCACCACUGUGUAGACACGAUCAUUUACGGCGAGAAGAAGUGCAGGCCUCCCUAAAUCAGUGCAGCACCACUCGGUACGGUGAGCGGUAGUGGCACAGCUUUCGAAAAUAACACUUGAUACUACUGUAAACAUGCCGCCGUGUGUUUGGUGUCAUGGUAACAGCAACAGAGAUACAGAACGCAUUUUGCCGCUUCAUUAAAGAAGUCGGGAAAUAAAAAUAUUUAAAUCGGCAUUUUCUUGUAGAAGUACGCACGAUGAUGAUUGUAUGGCUAAGGCUUGCGGUUUCGCGUCGCAUCACACUCAAACUGAAUGUUUAAAACCUUUUCCAAUUUAAAUGCAAACCAGUUUGAUUGGUACAAAUUUCAGCAGUUCAGCCAAAUGUGUAUUGUGUAGAAUAAAGCUUCAUUCGAUGUUCUUUUUUUGUUAAUGGAGUAAAUUACUCGCGAGUCGCAGACUACAGACCACGAAAGCAAUUUUAUAGGACGCUGCUGCUGUUGAACAGGUUGUUGUAGCCUCAAAGAAUCAUCAUGCAUCUAUUGGACUUUUGCUGUAUAACAUUUGAUUUUGAAAUAUACUUGUGCUCAUUACUCUCUACUUCCAAGUAA